AUGACUCGACCUGAACUAAAGAAGAUUUUGUCCGAGGCUAAGAGGCAAUGCAUGGCCAGCAACGGAGUCACUGAAGUUUUCUUUGCAGAGGAAGUGGGAAGCAUAGAACAGGGUGAAUUUUUGGAGGAAAGGAACGUUAUGUGUUACAUCAAGUGUAUUUACGUUAGCGGUGGAGUAAUAAAGAAAGAUAUAAUCUUACAUGACGCGAUGAUAAAGCACGUAGAAAAGCUGUGGCCACAAGAGACGAAGGCGUCAAUAAUAGACGCCAUCAACCAUUGCAGAUAUGUCGAUGAGAAGUAUGCGGAUGCUUGUGAGGACGCGUACUGGAUGGCGCGCUGCAUCCAGGCCUACACACCGGAACACUUUCUGUUCCCAUAGAUUUGAUUGAUUUGUUACUGUAUAUUUCAAUAAAAAUUUGUGUGAUAGCUAAUCUGCUAUCCAUUUAGCUAUGUGCAAACCCACAAAGUCAUAUAAUUAUGUUUUGAACAAAGUCGAGUAGUUCCACCGAGUUAGCGCUCUUCAUUGUUGUUAUAAUUAACUUAAAUAAAGGAAACAGUUUAAAUAAUUAUGUAGUUCUUUUUUAUGCUAGAUACUGCACUAUUUACUCCAUCCAUAUUUAUUGAGGUAAGUUAUACAUGUUUUAUAUAUUUAGUAGAGUUCCGUACGAUUGGUCCCAAAGCCAUCAGUACCUACUCGUAUAAAUAUGUAAAUAACUAUUUUGUGAACAUCAUUAGCUGUAAAUAAAAUUCAGGUUCAAAGGUCUCAUUGUUCUGCGAGAUAGAAUU